UUUUAAAGAAAGCACGCCCGACCGCUUGCCGAACGUACCGCAGAGUAGUAGAACGACGGAGUACUGAGGACAAGUCAACCAACAGAAGAACCCAACUUUACGUCUGACAGGUGACAGAGGAUGUCCAGAGCUGACUGGUCCUUCCUGGAGCACCUGUUGGAGGAGGGGCAGGAGUAUAGCACCGGGGUGGGCCGUGUCUGGCUCACUGUCCUCUUCCUGUUCCGCAUGUUGGUCCUGGGCACCGCCGCAGAGUCCGCCUGGGACGACGAACAGGACGACUUCGUCUGUAACACCAAGCAACCUGGAUGUACCGCCGUGUGUUACGACAAAGCUUUCCCCAUAUCACAUUACCGCUAUUUUGUGCUCCAGGUGAUUUUUGUUUCCACGCCGACUAUUUUUUACUUCGGAUAUGUGGCCAUGAGGGCUGCAAAGGAGAAAAAAAAGGAGGAAGAUGAGGAGGAGAGGACGGAGGAGGGUGGGGGUGGUGAGGGACGAGAGAGGGGAGGAGUAAAGAAGAGUGGAGAGAAGAAGAGGGAGGUGAGAAAGGGGGAUGAGAUAGAAGAACUAGAGGAGGAGAAAGGAGGGAGGAAGGAGGUGAAAGCUCUCCCAGAGCCUCCUAAGCUGAAGGGCCGUCUCCUCUGUGCCUACGCCGCCAGCAUCCUCCUCAAGGUCCUCCUGGAGGUCGGCUUCAUCGUGGGGCUAUGGUACCUCUACGGCUUCGUGAUCCCGGCCCGGUUCAAGUGCGUCCGGGACCCCUGUCCUCACACGGUGGACUGCUUCGUCUCCAGACCCACAGAGAAGACCAUCUUCACCAUCUACACCCAGGCCAUCGCUGGAGUCUCUCUCCUUCUCAACAUAGCCGAGCUCCUCCACCUCCUCCAGCUGGCCGUCACCCACCACCUAGAAAAACGCUAUGCCCAGGAGCAGUACACCUUUCCUGGUAUAGCCGGGGUUCGAAUCCGGCCUGGGGCUUCAGGGUUGGAGAUGGAGAUGCAGCAAGCUUACCAGGAGAAGAGCCAUCUGUAUUUAGCCAUGGGGGAGGCCGGCUACUCCAAGCCCAGUGAGAGUUAUCUGGACCUGGGGGAGGCCGGCUACGCCAAGCCCAGUGAGAGUUAUGUGGACCUGGGGGCGGCCAGCUACGCCAAGCCCAGUGAGAGUUAUGUGGACCUGGGGGCGGCCAGCUACGCCAAGCCCAGUGAGAGUUAUCUGGACCUGGGGUCCAGAACAGGGAUGGACCCUGCUGGUGACAUUCUCCCCAGUUAUUUGAACUGUAUGGGGGCGAUAAGGACUACACACUCUUCCGGGAGAGCUCACCCUAAGAAAUACAACACACAACACACACACAGUAAGGGUGCCCAGAAGGGACACAGUAAAAAACACACUAAGCAUUAUGUAUGAGGAAACCAGAGAGGUUUGGUUCUGUGAAUAGGAGUAAGCCAUGUGUCCACUACAGACUGAUUACAGGCACCUUCGGGGGGUUGGAAUGCACAAGAAUAAGGAAACACUUUACUUGACACCCUGCGUCAUAACACUGUCAUAACCAUGUCAUUAUGUGUCAUAACAGCUGACAUAUCU